AUGGCCAGUAACAACGGGAAUCAAAAUAAUAAGGAUUUUAAUUUUCGUCCACAAGAUGGAAAUAAAAAUAAUACUUCAUCGUCCAGACAAAAUAGAGAUAAAGAUCAAUCUUAUCAUCGUUGCACCGAUUAUUAUUCCGCUGGAUCAUCACAACGAGAAAUUUUAACAAAUAGUAACAAUAUUGAAGAAGUUACAUAUGCUGGUUCUUCAGCACAUCGAACAGAAGUGAAUAAUGACGAAAUCAAGGCUUACGCUGUCAAUCUUCAAUUGAAACCAGUUGAAAUGGGUAUCAUAGCAAAAAUGAAUCAACGAGAUCAAGAAUUUAAAGGUUUAGGUGCAUUCAAUCAUUAUUUUGGUUUAUUAGCACCGUCCAAUCAUUUGGGAUAUACACUUACUGACAUUUGGGAUGGUUAUUUUCAUAUAACACUUGCUAAAUUUUUCACUGAUGUGGCACCACAUCGGUUAGAAGAGGUUUUUAGUAAAUUUUCACCUUCUUUACAAGACAUGCCUUAUAUUCCUGAUAUUAUGUUUCGAACGUCAAGAAUUAAUAUUGUUUCUGGUGCAAAUCGUCCUAAAGGACGCAGAAAUAUCAAUUUCGUUGUACUUCCUAUUGAUUAUGAUCUUGAAACCGAAGCUUCUCUUGAAAAAUUUCAACUAUUACUUGAAAAAAUUAAAAACCAAACAAAAUCAAAAGAUUGGAGUGGAACACCAUUCAGUGAUCUUCACGUAACUAUACGCAAAUAUUCCAAUAUUGACUGUAAUUUAAACAAAAUUAAAAUACAAGAAUUUCCACUUGAAUUUCGAUGUUCUCAUCUUGAAGUUAAACAAACACGAGAUCGAGCACUGCAUCGUUUCAAAAAAACAAAAGACAAUAUAUAUAGAUGGUGGAAUGGUGUGACGGAAAUCGAUAAAAAAUGCUCCGGUUGUCAUACACCUAUUAUAUCUGACAAAUGGGAAGGUUUUUGUUUUGCAUGUGGAAAAUAUGAAUCAAUUAUUCCAAUAUGGUCAACAGAUGGCAAGAAUAUUUAUAAUUAUUAUCAACUACGAGAUCAAGAAAAUAUACGAAAUGCUAAUACAUAA